CACACGAGACCUCUCCCAGAAACAGACAUAGUGUGAAUGAUGAUAAAGUUGUUCACCGUCUCUGUCACUUCUCACCUAAAUCCAAGCACUGUGUGUCUUUAUGGGGAAUAGGUUUAUUUAGGUUUGUACAGGAAAAAGGCAUCAUUUAGUGGCUAGACUAGGCUAGCCAGUGUGUAAGUGAACAUGUAAUAGAUAUGGGAACUGUAUGUUUUUCUGCCGGACUACAGUGAUGAUGGAGACCUCCUUGGUGUGUCGAGAACCCCUGGGAGAUCUCAUACAACCUCCAUAAAGUCAGAAUCAGCAGUUGCUUCUGAUGUUGAGCCACAAUAUUCACACUACCUUCUGUUACAUAUUCAAGGGAUGUUAAAGGGACUAUGCAGUUUUGGUCGCUUUUUGCUCGCUGUUUUCUCUACAGAGUUCCCCCUACAGCUUCCGAGUAUAUAUUUUUACUAUGAUGCUGAUAAUGGAACUCUCUUGAAAGGGUCCAUAUAUUUUACAACACUCCUCGCUCGUCUACUGACUCUUCUUUCCCUGUUCCUAUGACAACGGUUUACUCACUUUCUGCUUCUCUCCGCCGGCUCUGCCAUGACUAAUGUCUGAGAAACUCAAUCGCUACCUUGUUCCACCUGAUGCCUGGCGUGUAUGUGUGUAGUGCCGUAGUUUUUUACAUUGAGAGACCGCAAGACUUUCUGACUCUGAGGCCAGCGGCUCGCUGGACCAAAGUUGCAAGGCUGUUUUUUCCGCUCACAGACACUAGGGGGAAGCGAGACGACCACCAUUCAACCCAGAAACCAAUGACUUAAGUUAAGAUAAAUUUAGCUAAAAAACUGCAUAGUUCCCCUUUAAAUGGAAAUUCCGUUAUGUCUUAAAAAAUGCAUUGUUAGCAUGGCUAGAUGCCCCUUAGUUAAGUGUAGUGAAUAUGAAACCAGAUAGCAACUGCUGAAGCUUUCUUUGACAUCAGUAGUGGCAUACUUCAUCAAGGCUGCCAAAGUCCUCUGACUGGCUUUUUCAGUCAGUGGAUUUUGGCUCACCAUGUCAGUGAAAGGUCAGAGUAUUAUUGGGCUGAUGAUGAUACCAGAAAUCACAACCUUUCAUGUUAAAAACAUGUGACAUCACUUAGGGUGAACUAAGCUGUCACAUGGAGUAACAUGCUGUGGGAAUGAGAUGGGUAAUGUCUGGUUGUGAUUUCUGGUGUCACUUCCCCACUAGGACUGGAAGGCUGUGGACACUGGAAAACAGUUCUGAUUGGCUGGCGGAAGUCUGGCAGAAAAACAUACAUGUUCUUGAUGUGGGGCAGUGUGGACAUGUUAAGGUUCUCCCUUGCAGCUGGCCAUUGCUUGUGAAGCUUUGAGGAGUUUCAUUGCUGAAAUGACCAUUUUUGUAAGGCAGCUUGGGAGAAAGAUAAUUGCCCGUGAACAUGGCUCCAACAAGAAGUUGGCAGCCCAGUCCUGUGCUCUGUCUAUUGUCCGGCAGCUGUACCAUCUGGGCGUGAUUGAAGCCUACACUGGACUGACUAAAAAGAAAGAGGGUGAGACGGUGGAGGUUUAUGAAGUGACUGUACCAGAUGAAGUGGUGCACCAGCUUCAGAGUGUCACCCAGGAACUGGGUAUUCAGAUCCCCUCACCUCCCCAGGAUCCGAGCACCCCCGUGUCUCUGGUUCAGGGAAAGUUGGCCCAUUUUGAGCCCUCUCAGAGGCAGAGUGCAGCCGGUGUGGUGCCAUGGUCUCCCCCGCAGGUCAACUGGAACCCGUGGACCAGCAGCAACAUUGAUGAAGGCCCUCUGGCUUUUUGUACCCCAGAGCAAAUAAGUUCAGACUUGUUGGCUGAGCUGAACUAUCAACUAGAGAAUGAUGAAAACCUCCAGAUGGGGAUAAAGGAGAGGGACCAGCUCCCGGUGAAGAAAUUUGAGGAGGAGAUCAUGAAUGCCAUCCACCACAACCCUGUAGUCAUCAUCCGCGGAGCGACAGGCUGCGGCAAAACCACACAGGUUCCCCAGUUCAUCCUGGACUACUUCAUCAAGAACAACCGUGCUGCAGAUUGCAACAUAGUCGUGACCCAGCCUCGGCGUAUCAGCGCUGUGUCUGUGGCCGAGCGUGUGGCCUACGAGAGGGGAGAGGAGGUGGGCAAGAGCUGUGGCUACAGUGUGCGCUUCGAGUCCGCUCUGCCCAGACCUCACGCCAGUGUGAUGUUCUGCACCGUGGGGGUGCUUCUGAGGAAGCUGGAGGCUGGAAUCAGAGGGAUCAGUCAUGUGAUCGUUGAUGAAAUCCACGAGAGGGAUCUUAAUACAGACUUUCUGAUGGUUGUUCUGAGAGAUGUGGUCCAGGCGUACCCUGAUGUCCGCGUCAUACUUAUGUCUGCCACCAUCGACACCACCAUGUUCAGGGAUUACUUCUUCAAUGCCCCAGUCAUAGAGGUGUUUGGACGCACUUUCCCUGUACAAGAGUAUUUCCUUGAGGACUGUAUCCAGAUGACUCAGUUCAUCCCCCCUCCCAUGGAUAAAAAGAGAAAGGACAAAGAUGACGAUGGAGAAGAGGAGAUGAACUGUAACCUGAUCUGUGGAGAGGAGUACGGCCCUGAGACCAAGCGCUCCAUGUCUCAGCUGAACGAGAAGGAGACCUCCUUUGAGCUGAUCGAGGCCUUGCUCAAGUACAUCGAGACACUGAAGGUGUGCGGGGCUGUGCUGGUCUUCCUGCCCGGUUGGAACCUCAUUUUUUCCAUGCAGAAGCACCUGGAGAAUAACCCGCACUUUGGAAGUCAGCGCUACAGGAUCUUGCCUUUGCACUCUCAGAUCCCCAGGGAGGAGCAGAGAAUGGUGUUUGAGCCCGUGCCCGAGGGUGUGACCAAGGUGAUUUUGUCAACCAAUAUUGCAGAGACCAGUAUUACCAUCAAUGAUGUUGUCUACGUCAUUGAUUCUUGCAAGCAAAAAGUGAAGCUAUUUACAUCCCAUAAUAAUAUGACCAACUAUGCAACAGUCUGGGCCUCGAAGACCAACCUGGAACAGAGGAAGGGCCGAGCUGGCAGAGUCCGGCCUGGUUUCUGCUUCCACCUCUGCAGCAGCGCCCGCUUUGACAGGCUGGAGACCCACAUGACUCCGGAAAUCUUCCGCACGCCACUGCAUGAAGUGGCCCUCAGCAUCAAGCUGCUCCGACUGGGAGCCAUUGGCCACUUCCUGUCCAAAGCCAUCGAGCCGCCACCACUGGACGCCGUCAUUGAGGCGGAACACACACUCAGAGAGUUGGAUGCCCUUGACUCUAAUGAUGAGCUAACUCCUCUGGGUCGCAUUCUGGCCAAGCUGCCCAUUGAGCCGCGCCUCGGCAAGAUGAUGAUCAUGGGCUGCAUCCUUAAUGUUGGUGAUGCAGUUUGCACCAUCUCAGCAGCUUCCUGCUUCCCAGAGCCCUUCAUCAGCGAGGGUAAACGCCUGGGUUUCGUGCAUAGGAACUUUGCCGGCUCACGCUUCUCUGACCACGUGGCCCUGUUGUCUGUGUUUCAAACCUGGGAUGAAGUUCGAAUGGGUGGAGAAGACGCAGAGACAAGGUUCUGUGAGCACAAGCGACUUCACAUGUCCACUCUCAGGAUGACCUGGGAGGCCAAAGUGCAGCUGAAGGACAUUCUCGUCAAUGCCGGUUUCCCUGAGGAAUGCCUUAUGAACCAGAUGUUCAACAAUGUUGGCCCUGAUAACAACCUGGAUGUGGUCAUCUCCCUGCUAACUUUUGGCUCCUACCCCAACGUGUGCUACCAUAAAGAGAAAAGGAAGAUUUUGACUACUGAGGGCCGAAAUGCCCUCAUCCACAAGUCCUCCGUCAACUGCCCCUUCAGCAACCAUGACUUGACAUACCCUUCUCCAUUCUUUGUCUUUGGAGAAAAGAUCAGAACACGUGCCAUCUCAGCUAAAGGAAUGACUAUGGUCAGCCCUCUGCAGCUCCUCCUGUUUGCUGCGAAAAAAAUCACCUCCAACGGUGACGUUGUGGAGCUUGACGAUUGGAUCAAGCUGCGCAUUCCCCAUGAGGUGGCGGGCUCUGUGGCAGCCUUGCGAGCGUCACUGGAAGCUCUGGUGGUAGAAGUAACCAAAGACCCAGAGUAUAUCAAUCAGCUGGACCCACCCAACCAGCGCAUGCUCAACGUGCUGCGGCUCAUCUCCAAGCCCUCCUCCAGCGGGAUCAACCUGAUGGCCAGCAACCCAAGAUUUGGCGAUGGUCCUCGACCUCCAAAGAUGGCCAGAUUUGAUGGAGGUGGUGACAGAGGGUUCAGGGGGCGUGGUGGGCACGAGGGAGGAGGCUACAGAGGCGGCGGCGGCGGCUACAGAGGGGGUGGAGGAUACCGUGGAGGAGGAGGAUAUGGUGGUGGGGGGUAUAGGGGCAGGGGUGGCUAUGGAGGAGGCGGAGGCGGGUACAGGGGUGGGUAUGGGGGUGGAGGAGGCGGAGGCGGGUACAGGGGUGGGUAUGGGGGUGGAGGUGGUGGAAGAGGUUUCAGGGGUGGAUUUUAAGGAAAUUAACUUCCUUGCUGAAAAGAAUUGUUUCUGUUAAUACACCUUGUUUAAAGUGUUAAUUUGUUAAGAAAUAGUCUUUAUUUUACUUCCUUAUGUUUUCCAGGCAAUAUUCCAUUAAUCUUCCA